AUGUGCGCGUCCCGCCUCUCCCUGGCCGCGUUCGGCCACGCGUCGGCCACCCCGAGCCACGGCCCCUCGCCCGCGCGCGCUCUGCGGCUGCGCCCCCGCGCCGUCCCACGGCCCGCUCUGCCCCGACCACCGUGCGCUCGCCACCUCCCGCCGCUCCGCUCCCCCUGCGACCAUCUGCGCCCGCAGCGGCGCCCAUCGCGCGCCCUCCCCCGCUCAACGCGCCCAACGCCCGAUGCCCGACGCCCGAUGCCCGCGGCCCUCUGUCGCUGCUCCUCUUCUCCUGCGGCUGCUACUGCUCAUGUGGUGGCCGCCGACGCCUCGCUGGCGCAGCGCCCCGCCCCACCAGCCUCUCCCCGCAAUGCCCUAUCGGGCGGGCUGGCGCCCGUCGCCUGGUUCCGCCCGCUGCCCGCUAAACCAUCCCGCUACUCACCUUCACCACAUGCAUGCGCGUCCCACCUCUCCGUGGCCGCAUCCGGCCACACGCCGGCCACCCCGAGCCACGACCCCUCGCCCGCGCGCGCUCUGCGGCUGCGCCCCGCGCCGUCCCGCGGCCCGCUCUGCCCCUACCACCACGCGCUCGCCGCCACCCACCGCUCCGCUCCCCCCUGCGCCCAUCUCCGCCCGCCGCGGCGCCCAUCACGCGCCCUCCCCAGCUCAGCGCGCCCGAUGCCCGCCGCCCUCUGCCGCUGCUCCUCUUCACCUGCGGCUGCUACCGCUCAUGUGGUGGCCGCCGGCGUCCCGCCUAGCCCUGCCAGGCUCGCCCCGCAGAGCCCUGUCGGGCAGGCUGGCGCCCGUCGCCCGGUUCCGCCUGCUGUCUGCUAG